AUGGCGCCCUGGGGCCUUUCAGAAGCCCUCCGGGGCGCGCCGCAGCUGGGAUGGGACUCGCCCGCCGUCGCGGGAUUCCUGCUGGUGGCCGCCAUCGCGGUGUACCUGCUGACCAGGGAGAGCAGGCUGGAUAUGGCCAAAGUGCCGGGGCCGUGGCGGAAGGCGCUGCCCCUGGUGGGCAACCUGCUCGACCUCAUCACGCCCGACCACCACCGCCAGCUGGUGACGUGGGCGAACGAGUUCGGAGGCAUCUACAGGCUGAAGAUGCCCUUCGAGGAUGUCCUGAUCGUCACGGAGCCCCAGGCCGUGGCGGACAUCAUGGGGCGCGGGGACCGCUCGCUGGACAAGUCGCAGGCGGCGUACGGCCACGUCAGUCAGAUGGUCAGCGCACAAGGGCACCCAAACUUGCUGACGUCGGCCUCCGACGAAAAGUGGAAGAAGGUGCGGAAGGCCGUGGCCGUGUCGUUCAGCAUGCGACACAUAAGGCCCAAGUUUGGCAUAGUGUUGGAAAGGGUUAACGACAUGGUGAAGAAAUUGGGGGAAGGCGCCGAGACUGGCCAGUCAAUCGAUAUGGACAGGGCGGCCCUGAGGGUUACGCUGGACGUCAUCGGCCUGGCGGCAUUUGGGCACGAUUUUGAGUGCGUGAAGCAAGGCGUUCCCAAUAGGGACCACCUCCUGCGAGUGUUGCCUCGGUGUUUCACGGAGGUGGAGCUGCGUAUGAUGAAUCCAUUCAGGGCGGUUAAGGCACUUCCGAGGAUGCUCUUCAGGAAUGGAGACAAGGGGAAGAAGAGUUUCGACCGCUUUCAGGCGGAAAUGACGAGGCUCCUGGAAGAAAUGAAGGCUCGGGGCCCGCCGGCAGAGGACGACUUCUCCAUCGGGGCGCAGCUGCUGCGCCUUGAGAAGGAGGGAGGCGUCAGCACGGAGCGCAUCCUGUCAGAGAUCGGCAUCCUGUUCGUCGAGGGCUUCGAGACCACGGGCCACACCAUCAGCUGGACGCUCUUCUGCCUUGCCACGAACCCAGGAGCCCAGGAGCGAGUCGCUGAGGAGUUGGAUGCGGCAGGGCUGCUGUCCAAUCCAGGCCAGACAGCUAGGGAGCUUGAAUUCCAGGACCUGAACAAGUUGACGUACCUGGCGUGUUGCAUCAAGGAGGCAAUGCGCAUGUAUCCUGUGGUGUCAGUUGCCAAUGCAAGGAUCACGGGGAAGCCCACGUGUGUGGGGCCGUAUACCAUCCCCGCCGGCGUCCUCACCGCCGUGCCGCUAUACGCCCUGCACAACACCAAGCACAACUGGAGCAACGCCGGGCAGUUCAUGCCCGAGAGGUGGCACGACGUGCCCACGGAGACGUACACUUACAACAGCAAGCGCAAUGAUGGGGCCGCGGGCAUAACGUUCAUGCCAUUCAACCACGGCCCACGGAACUGCGUCGGGCAGUCGCUGGCAAAGAUGGAAGUCGUCACCGUGCUGGCCAAGCUGCUCGGGAGCUUCCAGUUUAGGCUGGCUCCAGAGAUGGGCGGGGUGGAGGGCAUCACGAGGCGCGAGAGCACCCACUUGACGCUGCAGACCGUAGGCACUCAGGGCAUACGGAUGAUCCUGACUCGGAGGGGUCAGCUGCAGACAGAAUUCCAUGUGGCGUAG